AUGACAGCUUGGUGGAUUUAAACAUGACUUCAUUUCGUUAAAUCAACAAACGCUAGAAUCUGCUUGAUGUGACCGACUGCGACCCACCGAAUUUUGAUUCUCCUUCGCAGUUUCAGAUAAUUCUUUACAAAAAAUCUUGGCCUCAGGAACCAGGAAUGUUUAGGAUGGCUGUAUUCGAUGCAGGAAUAGAUGAGAUGGUCCCCACAGGGCAUCUAAUUUGGAUUAAUUACAGCUUUGCUUAAUUUUCCUUGGUUCAUUUCAUUUGUCUUUAAGAUCAGAUAAAGACUAAGACAUUUGGGAAGAAAAGCAAAUUGGAGCCUAUUUAUUAUAUUUUGUCGCUGAAUUGCUUUCGUCAGGGUUAUCUAGGAUUUAUCAAGCAGGAGGCUGGGAAUCUCUUCUGUGAGGGGUGAUCACUUUUCAUCCACUAAUAUUUCAUUGAUAGGCAAAGAGACUGGAGAGGAAUUCAGGAUGAGGGAAAUUCAACUUGGUUCACAUACUGUGAUGUCUCAUGGGUAUACGGUUGCAAGAACACACAGGCAUGAUUGGCUUAUACUCCUGCUCCUUGUGAUACUUGAGAUCAUUCUAUAUAUUAUCCAUCCUUUCUAUCGAUUUGUUGGGAAGGAUAUGAUGACUGAUCUCAAAUAUCCCUUGAAGAGUAAUACUGUUCCUGUUUGGGCUGUUCCUAUGUAUGCAGUUUUAUUGCCUAUGUUGAUUUUUCUUUUUGUCUAUAUUCGAAGGAGAGAUGUCUAUGAUCUUCACCAUGCCAUGUUAGGCCUCUUGUUCUCUGUUUUAGUAACAGCAGUAAUCACUGAUGCAAUAAAAGAUGCUGUAGGUCGGCCCCGACCAGACUUCUUCUGGCGUUGUUUUCCAGAUGGAAAGGAUGUUUAUGACAAAUUGGGAAACGUCAUAUGUCAUGGUGACAAGAAUGUCAUAAAGGAAGGACACAAGAGUUUCCCAAGUGGCCAUACGUCAUGGUCCUUUGCUGGUCUGGGUUUCUUAUCUCUUUACUUAUCUGGUAAAAUAAAAGCAUUUGACCGCACAGGCCAUGUUGCCAAGCUUUGCAUUGUUUUUCUCCCUUUGCUUAUGGCAUCACUUGUUGGCAUUUCUCGGGUUGAUGACUACUGGCACCAUUGGCAGGAUGUGUUUGCUGGAGGUCUUAUAGGGCUUAUAGUAGCUACGUUUUGCUAUUUGCAAUUUUUUCCUCCUCCUUAUCACCAUGAAGGCUGGGGACCUUAUGCUUACUUUAGGAUGUUGGAGGAAACACGUGCUACUACUCACCCUCCUAAUGGUCAAAAUCAAAAUUCUGGCCAUGCACAGCCUACAGAAGUUCACGAGGAGAACCAGGAGGGUCAAAGCUGCCUUGGAUGUGUGGGUUUUUCUGUUGAAAGGGAUAAUCAUAAUGCAACAUUGGAUGAAAUGGAAUGUGGGAAUGUGAGAAAAUAGUUGUUGGGCAUCAUUUCUGACUUGAUCUGCUUCUCAAUGUUCUUUGUAGUUCACAUGGGAUUUUCUUCCCAAAUUUGUUGCCUUUUUGUGAUCAACAUCUUGUAGAGAACGAAUGAGUUGUGGCAGUAGGUGCAGUAAAACAUCUUGAUUACCUCUUUUUUGUUUUCCA